CUAUAUCUAUCCCCUUCCUCGCUCACCUCAUCUUCUUGGGAUUUUUGUUGUUUCUCUUUCCCCAAUUCUCACCUUACACAGGCUAGAAAAUGGACACCUUUCUCUUCACCUCAGAAUCUGUGAACGAGGGACAUCCCGACAAGCUAUGCGACCAAGUCUCCGAUGCCAUUCUCGACGCCUGCCUCGAGCAAGACCCGGAGAGCAAAGUGGCCUGCGAGACAUGCACCAAAACCAGCAUGGUCAUGGUCUUUGGGGAGAUCACCACAAAGGCCGAAGUUGAUUAUGAGAAGAUUGUUAGAGACACUUGCAGAGGGAUUGGCUUUACCUCUCCUGAUGUUGGCCUUGACGCAGAUAACUGCAAGGUCCUUGUCAACAUUGAGCAGCAAAGCCCCGACAUUGCUCAGGGCGUUCACGGUCACCUCACGAAGAAGCCCGAGGAGAUUGGCGCUGGCGAUCAAGGCCACAUGUUUGGCUAUGCCACGGAUGAGACACCCGAGCUCAUGCCUCUCACUCAUGUCUUGGCCACAAAGCUCGGUGCCAGGCUCACCGAGGUGCGAAAGAACAAGACAUGUCCUUGGUUGAGGCCAGAUGGGAAGACCCAAGUGACGGUCGAGUACAGGAAUGAAAAUGGCGCGAUGAUCCCUCUCCGAGUCCACACGGUGCUAAUCUCAACACAGCAUGAUGAGAGUGUCAGCAAUGAGGAGAUUGCUAGGGACUUGAAAGAGCAUGUCAUUAAGCCUGUGAUCCCGGCCAAGUAUCUUGAUGACAAAACCAUCUUCCAUCUCAACCCUUCAGGGCGAUUUGUCAUCGGUGGGCCACAUGGGGACGCGGGGCUCACCGGGCGGAAGAUCAUCAUUGAUACCUAUGGCGGUUGGGGGGCUCAUGGUGGAGGUGCCUUCUCAGGGAAGGACCCAACAAAAGUGGACAGAAGUGGUGCUUACAUUGUCAGGCAGGCUGCAAAGAGUGUGGUGGCUUCUGGCCUUGCCCGCCGCUGCAUUGUGCAAGUUUCUUAUGCAAUUGGUGUGCCGGAGCCACUAUCGGUUUAUGUCGACACCUACAAGACAGGGAAGAUUCCGGACACGGAGAUAUUGGCUCUUAUCAAGGAGAAUUUUGACUUUAGGCCUGGGAUGAUGUCCAUUAAUCUUGACUUGAAGAGAGGAGGCAACUUCAGGUUCCAAAAGACUGCUGCUUAUGGACAUUUCGGCCGUGAUGACCCGGAUUUCACUUGGGAGACUGUAAAGAUCCUCAAGCCCAAGGCUUAAAUUAAAAUUCAAGUGUGUUUUAUAUAUUCAAAAUGCAAGUGAUAAUAAUCGUAGUCAUGAUUUUGAUUGAGAGAGAAGAAUAAACAAGCUUCAAUGCACACAUAUGUUCUCUAUUGAGGUCUAUUUUUCAAGGCUAAAAAAGUAACCAAGUGAGAAGCCUUACAAAAGGAGACGUGUGCUUUUGAGUUUAGGUCUGUUGUAUCAUUUUGUUGGAGGCUUUUCUCGCUUUUUAAUUUCUUGAUUUUAUUUCUUUUACCCCCAUCUAUUUUGUAAAUGA